GGAACUCUAGUCUAAAGUCUGUCUCUCUCUAUAUAUAUUUCAGUUUCAAUUAGAACCCUCCAGUUUUUGAGGAUCAUUUCUACUUUCCAGUUAGAAUUUGUAGGCAUUUUCCAUUUUGCUAAAGAAAAAUGGGAAGACAACCUUGCUGUGACAAAGUUGGGUUGAAGAAGGGACCAUGGACUUCAGAGGAGGACAAGAAGCUCAUCAACUUUAUUCUCACUAAUGGCCAAUGUUGCUGGAGAGCUGUUCCUAAGCUAGCAGGGCUGUUAAGGUGUGGGAAAAGUUGCAGGCUCAGAUGGACAAACUACCUGAGGCCAGACCUAAAGAGAGGGCUUCUAUCAGAAUAUGAAGAGAAAAUGGUCAUUGAUCUUCAUGCUCAACUUGGCAACAGAUGGUCCAAGAUUGCUUCUCAUCUACCUGGAAGAACUGAUAAUGAGAUCAAGAACCACUGGAAUACCCACAUAAAGAAAAAACUCAAGAAAAUGGGAAUUGAUCCUGUUACCCACAAGCCACUCCCUAAUGCAACUGAGCAAACUCAAACACAACCAGAACAACAACAACAACAACAACUAGUCCAUCAACCAUUGCUAGAACAACAUCAACAACAAUCUUUCCCAGUUGACCUUGACUCCAAAUUGGAACCUGAAUAUGACCACAAUAAGGAGCAGGAGAAGCCAGAGACUUCAUUUGAGUCAUCAACCAUCACUGAAGCUAAAGAGGGAGACCAAAUUAUGACACCCUUAUUGGACUCAAUGGAACUGAUGAAUGUGUUCUCCACAGAUGAAGUUCCAAUAAUAGAACCUGAUGAGAUUCCAGUUCCCUGUGUUCCUUCCAUUUCAUCAACAAGUACAUCAUCAUCAUCAUCAUCAUCUUCAAAUUCAUCCAACUUUCUUGAAGACCUGCUGCUCCCAGAUUUUGAGUGGUCUCAUAAUUACAAUAAUAAUACUAUUGACAAUAACAAGGACAACAACAAUACCAAUAUGGCCUUGUGGGAUGAUGACUUCAUUAGAAGUUGGGAUUUGCUUGUUAAUGAUGAUAAUGAUGGUGACAGAAAGCAAGUGUUUGAUGCUGCUCUCUAUCAGUACCCAAGAAUGAUCAUGGAUUCAGAAUCUUGGGACUAUGGAUUGUUUUGAUUUAAGAUUGUUACAAAGAAUAAAAAUAGAAUCAGGAUUCAAAGAGAAACUCAACUCUUGUUUAGUAUUUUAUCCAUUUUUUCCUCCCCCAACUUUUCACCUAAAGAAAUCUACAUAUGGUAUAUUACAAACGUGUUGGUUUGUUGCUACUUGUUACUCUAUUCAUGGCAUACUUGAUUAUGUAGAAAAUUUUGUAGUCCUUGUUAUCAUGUAAAUGAAAUUUUAAAUUUUAUAAACUUCGGGGGGAAAAAAGUAUUUAAA